AUGUCCCUCAAUCAGACCCUCGGGGGACGUCUCCAUUCCGCCACUCCGCUAUCACUUCCGUGCUUUGCAGUGUACAAUGGCAAUGCAAUAUCUCCAGAUGCAUCAGCAUGUGCUGCGAUCCAAGACAAUUAUACAUCCUCCAAAUUCCGAGCACAGUUCUACAGUGGAUUCAUGAACAAUCAGGAUGAGAUGUGUCUUUCCAAUGCAACGGAUCAGUGUGUCCUCGAUACGGCUAAUCCAACGGACCCCCUUGCUUUUACAAGUAUCAGCUGCAAUCAAGGAAGCGUUUCUCCCAUUUACAUCGAGGUCCAAUCUGCGUCCGAUGUCAGAGCUGCUCUCGAUUUCUCACGUGAGCAUGGCAUCCGGUUGUCAAUUAAGAACAGCGGGCAUGAUUAUCUAGGCCGGAGCAGCCUAAAGAACUCCCUCGCGCUUUGGAUGCGCAAGUUAGAUGGGAUGUCUCGAAAUCGAAGUUUCGUUCCAGAAGGAUGCUCGAAUUUUGCAGCAACAGAUACUAUCACCACAGCUGCUGGUGUGAAUUCUGAUGAGGUAUACAAGUUUGCAGAAGAUCAAGGAAUCACUUUCAUUGGAGGUUACGCUUCCACCAUAGGUGUAAGCGGGGGCUGGGUCCAGGGAGGUGGUCACUCUGUUUUAUCCCCUGUUUAUGGACUUGGUGUUGAUCGCGUUGUGCAAUAUAAGGUGGUAACCGCUGACGGGGUUCUGCGUGUUGCAAAUGAGUGUACAAAUCCUGAUCUAUUUUGGGCUCUCCGCGGAGGCGGUGGUGGAACCUUCGGGGUCGUUAUGGAAGCCACACAUCGAGUGGAACCGGCAAUCACCCUUGCUGUAGCUUCAAUUGAGUAUAACCAAACGCAGACUAACGUCUAUGAAUGGUUCGAAAUCAUCGUCAACAAUGCUCUGCCGUGGGCAAAUCAAGGCUGGGGCGGGCAUUAUGUCUACAACAACCUCGUCAGCGUGACGCCGCUUCUAAGCCUAUCCUCUGCAAUCGAGUCCAUGAAGCCUGCUGCAGACUUUGCAAGGGCCAACAAUGGGACGGUCGUUAUCGAGACCCUCCCCUCGUGGUACAGCUUCUACGCGAAAUACCUGCUGAAGCAUGGAGCCCCAGUUGGAUAUUCGCUAAUGAUCGGCUCUCGCCUCAUCCCUGCGUCUCUAUUCUCCUCUGCUGAAGGACGUGCAAAGCUCCUCUCCUUCAUUAACCCUAUUCUGUCUUCUGGAAUUUCGCCAUACAUCCCUUCGGCAGCACCAUGGCUCUACCCCUAUGUGGCAAACUCGACCUCCACAACGCCGGCAUGGCGAGACAGCCUGUGGGAAUUGGGCUUUGGGUUCUGGUUCCCGUGGAACAGCACAGUCGAACAGCGUAAGGAGAUCGUCCGGAAUGAGCAGGGAUUGGCGUCAUUAUUCGAAGAGUUGACUCCCGGUGGCGGUGCAUAUUUCAACGAGGCAAAUCCAUGGACGCAAAAUUGGAGGGAGACCUGGUGGGGAGGCAAUUAUCCAAGGUUGAGUGAAAUCAAGAAGAAAUAUGACCCAGAGGGCAUGUUUAAGUGCUGGAAAUGUGUCGGGUUUGAGGAGGAGACGGCAGAGAAGGACUUCCCGUGCUUUGCAGGCCUUGGCACUUGA